AUGGCAGCGUCCAUAACAAGAAAGUGUGUGCUUUGGUGCGUUCUAUUUAUUGCGUGCGCUGCUUGCUUAAACGUAUCCCAAGCACGCAUAGUCGGGACAUUCGUGCUGCCACACGGAGGGAUAGCAUUGGCACCAAAAUAUUUUAAUACAACUAACCACACUGCGAAGUCCGAAGCUUGGGCUCUGCACAACUCGGCUGAAGUUGUCGGACAGAAGAUCAGCCAGCUGAGACCCGAUGUUAUUUUUCUAAGUACCCCACAUGGAAUCUCAUCUUUAACAGAUUUCUUGUUUUAUUUGAAUACAAAUGCGUAUGGAGUUGCAGAAACUGACAAUUGCGACUGUCCGCCGUGCUGCUACAAUGUUACGGCGGAUCUGGAUUUUACAUUGUCUCAACACAUUCUGUCGGAACUUAAAGAUAACAGUAUGAACGUGAGUGGCAUUGUAGGGUAUGGGCCUCCUGGUAAUAGCGAGGUGUUUCCUUUGAGGUGGGGUGAGGUCGUUCCUCUCUACUUUGCAUUAAAGUCGCAUUCUACAGAAGUUGUUAUUUUAUCUCAUCCAAGCAGACGAUAUAACCAUAGCGACGAAAUGAUACCUGAAUUACUUUCAUUGGGAUCUUUCCUAUACCAGACUUUAAACAGAAUAGACCAGACAGUCGCUGUCGUUAUUAGUGCCGAUCUGGCUCACACCCAUGAUAAAAAUGGCCCAUAUGGAUACUCUCCAGAUGCAGAACCGUUUGACAAGGCAUGUGGAAGAUGGGCAACAACAUUAAAUGAAGGUGACAUAUUAGACAUUGCUGCCAAGUAUGUGAAUAAUGCAUUAUCGUGUGGGUAUACCGGACUUGUCAUGCUGCAUGGAUUGUUACGAUCAGCUGAUCUCUCAACCUGGCAACCGCAUCUUUAUGCAAAUUAUCACCCCAGUUACUAUGGAAUGAUGGUAGCUGAAUUUAUGCCAAAGACUUGGUGAUUCAUAUAAUAAGUGCAUGCAGGCACUGUAUUAUAGAGGGACUAUGAUGCAGGUUUUCUUUGUCAAAACGAUUUAUUUACAUCGACAAAUGCUUGGAAAAGAACAUUUAUUUUGUUGCCAGGACAGAAAAGAAACCUGUGCCUUCAUUUUUAUACAGCUCUUUUGGAUAUUUUAAUCAAUUGUUUUAUAUCUAUGUAUAAGAAAUAAUUGUAAAAUUAAAUAAAUAAGUAAUAUUUGU